CUUGUACUAUUCUUCUCAUCUCCAGCUUUGCAUCAUUUAAUGUCCCCAUCCAUCACAAUCUCUCAAACUCAAUCAACUUCCCACUGCCCUAAGAAAUUAAUAAUCCAAAUUUCGGAAUCAACAAAACCUCAACACCUCUUUCAUGGAUUCGUAGAAAACGAAACCCCCAAUACAUCGCCGACAACUUAAUCCCUGCAAAAAAAUGUCUAUAACAACCGCGAACAAUUCUCCAAGCCGAUCUUCCGAUGAUAUCAUCGAUACGACGCCGUUGCUUAGUCCGGGUAAUGGAGGGUCCAACGAGGAGACAACGAGCAACGCCAAUUCCAAUAGCCGCAGACCACCCAUCCGGCGCCGGGGACUUCGAGAAGCAGCUAGACUCCUGCGUCGGGCUAGUAGCCGCCGCUUGAUGCGGGAGCCCUCGAUGCUGGUGCGUGAGACCGCCGCAGAGCAGCUUGAGGAGCGCCAGAGUGACUGGGCCUACUCGAAACCCGUGGUGGUGCUCGACGUUAUAUGGAACUUAGCCUUUGUGGUAGUGGCCGUCUCUGUUCUCAUCCUCAGCCGAUACGAGAAGCCGGAUAUUGCAUUGAGGCUGUGGAUUAUUGGGUAUGGGCUGCAAUGCCUGCUGCAUAUGGCUUGUGUCGUGAUUGAGUUUCGGAGGAGAAGGAGAAGGCAGAUGAUGCUGAGUUCCGGAUUUAGUUCUGGGGAUGGUGGAAAUGGGAGCAAUGGUAAUUUGAGAUCUGGGUCGAGAGGGGACUCCCAACAAUACGUGACAUUGGCACAAUUUGAGGAGGAGGGCACGAGUCUGGCAAAGCAUCUGGAAUCUGCAAAUACGAUGUUUUCGUUUAUCUGGUGGAUCAUUGGGUUCUACUGGGUAUCCGCUGGUGGCCAAACUUUGGCACGUGAAUCCCCGCAGCUCUACUGGCUUUGUAUAAUUUUUCUUGGUCUUGAUGUGUUCUUUGUUGUGUUCUGCGUUGCACUGGCAUGUUUUAUCGGCAUUGCUGUUUGCUGCUGUCUUCCAUGUAUUAUUGCAAUCUUGUAUGCAGUGGCUGACCAGGAAGGAGCAUCUAAAGAAGAUAUUGACAUGCUGUCAAAAUAUAAGUUUCGAAGGGUUGGUGAUGACGAGAAAGUUACUGGUGAUGGACGAGAAUCUAUUGGAGGAAUAAUGACUGAAUGUGGCACAGAUGCACCCUUUGAGCGUUCUCUUUCCCCUGAAGAUGUGGAGUGUUGCAUCUGCCUUUCUGCAUAUGAUGAUGGAAUUGAGCUAAGGGAACUUCCUUGUCACCAUCAUUUCCACUGUGCCUGUGUAGAUAAGUGGCUCUAUCUUAAUGCUACAUGUCCUCUCUGCAAGUACAAUAUCCUAAAGAGUAGUAGCCAAGACAGGGAGGAAGUAUAAAAGUAUUGCAAAUCCUUCUUACUAGUGCUCUCUCGGACUCUGCAUGCUGUUCUGGCAUGACUCCUAAGAUCUUCCCGCUGUCGAGUGUGGAAGUAGAGUGACUAGAGAGUCACUGCAGGAUUUCAAAUUGUUAUUGUGGUCGUAGUAACAUAUAUUCUGUAGUGGUGGUGUUUGUGUUUCUGUGUACAUAUUUUGUGGUAGCAACUUCCUUGUCACCAUUAUGUCCCAAAUGACACUUGUUUUAUCCCCUUACUUUUAUCUCCUUGUUUUUACUGGUUAGGGGACUUGAUGAUAAGUUACUGGUUUCUGUCACUCCAAUUUACAGUUAUAUUAUGCUUUAAGCAACUCUUUCGGAUAUAAGUUAUUGUAAGAGAUUUGUUUCACCCUGUAUCAAUUCAAAUAAAUUGUUUCAUCAUGAAGGUUGU